GCCACCACCUGGCCACACUGGACUGGCCUGCAUCACAACAAAAAACGCGCGAAGCAGUCGUCGGGCACAAAACAUUGCGGUGAUAACAACAUCCUCGCAGCGAAAUACAGCAUCCUCCAGAUCAGCAAACACUUGCAACACCAACACAGUACAAAGAUGCUCUGCGAGGACCAACUAAUGUCCGUGGACAACACACCGAUAAAGGGCUCCGCCAGCCUGAAUUCCUCGGCGUCUUCCAUCUCGAUCGAUGUGAAGCCCCAGAUGCAAAGUUGGGCCCAGGAGGUCCGGGCUGAGUUUGGCCACAGCGACGAGGCUUCCAGCUCCCUGAAUAGCAGCGCUGCCAGCUGCGGUUCCUUGAUCAAAAAAGAAGCGGUCGAGGUGAAACAGGAGAACGCCGAGGGGAUCACAGACCGUGAGAUGGCCUUCGAGUUCCUGGACGGCGUCAACGAGGAGAAAUUCGAGAGACUGGUCAAGGAGGAGAAGCUAAAGACGCCGUUCAAGCGUCGCCACUCGCAAACACCGCCCAGCAACGAGGAGAACAGCCGCUCAAACAGUCCGAACAGCAGCAGCAACUCCUCGGCCAACGGCGAUGCCAUGGCUGCCACUGGUAAGGGCGGCCACAAUCCCCGUCAGCGCAACUUCAGGGGCCACAAGGAGGAGAAGCGCGUGCGCCACAAUAGCUACACAUCCUCCACCUCAUCCUCGUCCUCCUACACCGAAGCCGACCCGGCUGUGCUCGCCCGCCGCCAGAAGCAAAUAGACUACGGCAAGAACACAGCGGCCUACGAACGCUAUAUGGAGAUGGUGCCGAAGGCGGAGCGCGGCCGCGAGCAUCCGCGCACGCCCAACAAGUACGGAAAGUAUAGUCGCCGGGCCUUUGAUGGUCUGGUGAAGAUCUGGCGCAAGAGUCUCCAUUUCUACGAUCCGCCCACUCAGUCCAAACGUGGCGAGGGCAACAACGACUCCGACUCGGAUUCGGACUAGGAUCUUGUUUUCCGGGGCCGGGCUUCAAUGUUAAAAAAGAAAGGGGAAUCUAUACCUGCUUACCAAGUAUCUUUCUAAGUACAAAAACGUAGCUAAACCUAAAAAUUAUGAAUCAAACGCGCAUUUUCAAGUUACAAGAGUCGUGUGCGAAGAGAAUAUUGUUACCACAGAUGUUUCGUUGAAUAAAAAAAUGGCGUCGUUACAAGA